CGGUCGGCCUUCUCUGUUGAAAUGUUGAAUAUUAACAUGUUCUAUGAUACUUUUGAGCUGCUAAUAGUUAAAAGUUGAGUGUUGAUACUUUAACAAAUAAAUAGUUAAUAUAAUAAUAAUGUCAAUUUUCAACAACAUUUAUAAUACUUUCCUAGUAUUCAUUAAUUCGCAUCAACGCAGUCUUUUGAUGAUAAAUAACUUAAAUGAAAAACCGGUUGACAAUAUUAAUACACAUCAUUCUCAAGGAGAUAUACCGUGUCGCUCAUGUACUGAUUUUCGGACGUUUAGUCGUAUGAGGCGUCAAGAAUUUAGUCAAAGUCAGGUUCAAUCACUGAAUACCCAAUCUAAAGAUAAUAAGGAUGAAACUAAAAUACUAGAACACCAAAGAGAUGACUGUCCCUUAGACAAAGAUGAAUUAGGUCGUAGUACAUGGAAGUUACUUCAUACCAUAGCUGCCACAUAUUCAGAUGAACCGUCACAAGAAGAUCAAUCUAACAUGGAACAAUUCAUUAGAUUAAUACCAAAAGUCUAUCCUUGUGAAGUUUGUGCAAACGAUUUUUCCGAAAUAUUAACUUAUCAUCCACCAAACAUAAGCUCUCAAAAGUCAUUUGCAAAAUGGAUGUGUGAAGCACACAAUAUGGUAAAUCGGAAAUUAGAAAAGCCCCUGUUUGACUGUUCUAAUGUAAAUGAACGAUGGCGUGAUGGUUGGGCCGAUGGGCAUUGUGAUUUAUGUUAUAGUAAACCAAAUUAGGUGAAUAAUACAGAAUAACUUCAUAAAAAAUAUUUUUAAAUAAAUAUUCUGGAUUAUUCAAAUUAUUAUUAAUUGUGAAUAUAGUGUAUUUUUAUUUUAUUUUUUUAUUGAAAUAAAGUGUGUUACAUUCUAUUUACUCAAAACAAAUUAUGCUUAGAAGUUAGAAUUAUUCUAUUUUAAUUAGAAAGGGUUUCCUCUGCGCAUAACCUAACUUACAUAUUAUAAUUUGUAAACAUGUAAAAUAUGUAAUUAAUUGUUAGCAAUUGCUUAUAAUACAUUUAAAAAGAUACAAUUUGUCAUACAUACUGUAUAUCUAUAAUAUAUUAAUAUAUUAUACUCCACUGCUACAAGAAUA